GUUGCUCUCAGUCUGUCACCUGUCAGUACCAAAUUUUAUUUAUUAGGUUAAAGUUAAGAGUUUUUGGAAAAAUAACAAUUAACCUCCAUAAUUAUCUGUCUACAACCUUUACAACCCCUGUGUAACAGCGUGAAGAAGUUGUCUACAACCCCUUUGUAACAGCCUGAAGGGGUAUAUUUGAAUUGUGUCUGGCCAAUAAAUCGCAAAGUUUUCCUACUCUAUUUAGUUAUUAUGACUGCCAUAAUGGAAUGUCCAGAUUAUAGUGAAUUCCAGGAAACUUUAAGAUCUAUGCGAAAACCACAUGAUAUCAUUGUUAACACAAUAAAUGCAGUAGUCUCAACUCAUUCUUUACCAACAGAUGACACAGUGGCCUGUAAAAACCUUCAUGAAAAAUUAGGUGCAGGCAACAGUCAACGUGAAAAGUUCAUUAGGAAUUGUAUCACAAUAACUACAGAUAGAGUGAAACAGCUCAAGGAGCAUCGUGAGGCCCACUUGGAUGAUCUACAAAUUUCAAAACAACUGAGGGCUGAACAAACAAAGUUACGUAUGUUACAAGUGGAACUGACUGUAGAAGAUCUGAUCAAAGAGAGAACUGCCAAAGUGUUCAAUGAGAGAUGCAGACAAUAUUACAAGCCAUUAUGAUAGAUAUAAGCUAGGAAUAUCUGAGUGCAAAUCAAGACUUAUUCAAUCCCGGCUAACGUAGUACUUUUUAAAUAUUUUCUAUUGAAACUAUUGUUGUUGUUUUACUGAAUAUAAUUAUUUAGAAAAAUCAA